AUGACACUUUCACCACCCCCAGAUCACCCAUUCGAAGAUUAUUCGCCACGAGAUAUGACCGGAUGUCCAUCUUGGUUCGGUCACGCCGUUGACGACUGCGGUGACGAUGUGCGUUCGGCCAAGCGGGCCAGAAUCUUCAAAGAUGAAACCAACGGUCACAAAGACGAGCCAUCCUCAGCUAUGCCAGUACAUGUUCGCUGUGACCAAAGCGGUGUGCUCGGUGAGACUAAUUCACAACCCGACUGGAAGACAUCAUUUGCAUCAAGGACUGCCCUAGAAAGGCAGUUACUGGAUUCUCGCCGUGCAUGUGGCAACCGGAAGAGAAGGAAGAGAAUAAGAAACUCGGAUGAAGGGGGUCGCAAUUACAUUGAUGAAGAGGAGAGUGAUGACGGUGAUGAUGACAUGCCGGGUGUCAUACGUCGGGCAGAGCGAGACGACGUUGUUUUUGUGUUGAGUCGGGAGAAAGCAAAGCGCAUGGCCAAAGCUAUCAGAGUGCCCAAGAACACCAAGAUGGGAGAAGAAGAGAAAGCAUUGUACCUGGAUCUGGCAACCCGUGGCUGCUUUGCAAUCCUCCCGUCGGAUUGGAAAAAGGAUUUCUCUACACUUCCCGAUUCUCUGUUCCCCAGCGCAGACGGUGAACUUGAUGAGAACGAUUUCGCUUUCACAGUCCAUAUGGGCUCAAAUAUCUACGCUAUUCGUGCGUUUCAUGAGCUCCUUCGUGUUCCGGGUCACGUUCGAGACUGUCGAUUCCUGGCUGUUCGUCCAUCGGAUGUGAUUCGAAAGGCGAUCAAGAAGUAUCUUCGCUGGGCUAUUGCCGAUGCCGGCUUGAAGAAAACAUCCGAGACGAAGGCUGUCUACGCAGUGACUAGUCAGCGGCCUGGAGAAAAAACGCUAUUAGCUGUCGAGCGAGCUAUUCGAAAAAUUGAGCACCAUGCCGGGGAGCAUCAUCAGAUGUUCAAAGAUAUCGAGCAUCCAUAUUGGCCAACCCUGAUUGGAUUCUGUAUUUGUGGUCCCAUCGUCACAAUUCUUUCUGUGGACACCGAUCCCGACUCUCCAAUAUGUAAUGGAGGAUCGCAGUCCCAUACAAAGUACAUGGGUCAAUUUGAUAUGUCGGAAGAUGAUCAAGACGUAUGGAACUCGCUGGCUUUGGCUAUUGCCGUGAUUCAUAUUCGGCGCACCAUGAUUCGACUUGCGAAUCAUUAUCCGGACAUGCCGGGCGUGGCCCAUCCUCCGGAGGAGGGAGAUGAAACUGAAGAUGAGGAUUUGUGA